AAUACGCCUGAUCACCACUGGACGUCAGUAGAUUCCAGGUUGAAACUACAGUAGACUGUUUUUCCGUUGAAAAGUGAAACUAUCAAGAAAACGUAGUUCAGACAGAAGUUUCUCAGACGGCGUGAAGGAUGUGUGCUGCUAAAAUGACAGAAGGGAGCUUGCAUGUGGAAUCCUGCAAGGCCCCUAUGUUUUACAGACAAGCUGAACCGGCCACAGGUGAAGUACAUCUGUCUGUCCUGCUUCUGCACGGCAUCCGUUUCUCAUCUGAGAACUGGCUCAAUAUAGGAACACUGGAGACAUUGGCCAAAGCUGGCUGUCGUGCAGUGGCCAUCGACCUACCAGGUUUUGGCCAAUCUAAGUCAGCAGUAGCCCCCUCUGCUGUAGGAGAGCUGGCCCCUGGUGGGUUCCUGAAGCAGGUGUGUGAGGCACUGGGGAUGGGGCCAGUGGUGGUGGUCAGUCCCUCCCUGAGUGGCAUGUACUCCCUGCCCUUCCUCUUCCAGCACGAGGCUCUGGUCCGGGCUUACAUCCCGGUGGCUCCCAUCUGCACUGAGAAAUUCACAGCAGAGCAGUACAGCAGCAUACAGACUCCAUCUUUGAUUGUCUAUGGAGACCAGGAUGCUCAGCUUGGAGAGGUUUCUCUGAACAACCUGAGGAAGCUAGCCAAUCACAAGGUUGCGGUGAUGAAAGGAGCAGGACAUCCGUGCUACCUGGACGACCCGGCCACGUGGCACAGAGUUCUCACUGACUUUCUCAAUACGUUGUGAUGUUGUUCAGUGUCUUUGGGAUAUCUGUCCAUGGAUGCAGCCAUAUACGGCCAUUCCUAAUCCAACACUCCCGGCAUUUAGUUAUAUAAACAAAAUUGACACUGUAUGUUGUUUGUUAAUUUGUCAAAAGCUAGUCUAGAUUAUUAUUAUUAUUUUUUAAUCAAAGAUUAGCGUGUGGUGUUUUGGAGGCCUGUAACUGUGGUUACAACUCGUUAUGCUCUUGCUGAUAUACUGUACUUGUACUGUGUGUGUGUGGCCUAUACAGGAUGUAUGUACCUGACAUGAGUCCUGGUAUUACAAAUGCAAAAACAAACACCACACAAUGAAAUGAAGUGAAAAAUAUGAACAUUAUUUAAUAACUGAUUCUCUGUAAUAAACAAUUUGAAAAUAUUUUACAAGGAGUCACAGACACAAUAUUUUACAAAUUUUGCCCUCUUCUUCUUCUUUUUUUUAGCUUCAUCAGUACAAAAGAAUGGAGCGACGUGGACCAAUGCCCAGAGAGAGGGAGCUAAAUCUUCCACGCACACACAUACACUCACACACACCAAAAAUCAAAUCAAAAACGGUUGAUUUCAGAUCUCAAACUUAUCUUCACUUUAUUCCUAUUUUUUACUUCACUUAAAAUUUGACAGAUUUUACUAUUUUUUUGGUAUUUUUUAGAUAUAUAUAUAUAUAUUUUACACAUUUGGCAAACAUGGUCACAUAGCACCAGACUACAGAAUCACAUACGCGUCUUUCCCACAGAGACGCACCUACACGGACACAGCAAGGGUAAGGAGGGGCAGGGGAGGAGCCACGUGAAGACCCUCCCUUUGAGGCUGGCCGUAAAGUAGACCCCUUCCUCUCACCCCAAGCUGUUCCUAUUUAUUUUUUGGGGGGGGCAAAAAGUACAUUUUGCAAACCACAGACCUGUGUCCCUCAGCACACUCUUGUGUCCACUUCUGGGACACACAGACAUACUCAUGAUUCUUUGACCUUCUGUUUGACCACGGUCCCAUGCUGAUCUGUGGAGACCCCACUCCCUGAGCUAGCCUCUGACAUCCCACAAGGGGGAAUAAACAUCCUUGGCUUACUUCAGUCUAGAGCUGAACAUCCCCAAUCUGUGCAUGUGUAGGUAUAACUGUUAGUGUUACAUAUGAAUGUUGCGAUCUACAGAGGGACAAACAAUUGCUGUGAUAGAAUACAAUAGAACUACAAGAGUCAUUUCUAAAAUGGUGAACCCAUACAUUGAAAGGAGCCAAUUACAGAUUCAGAAUAUCUUUUUUUGGCUCAGUCUUUCAUUGAGAUAAUGAUGCAAUUACCUAACAUUUGUCUUGCCAAAAAUGCUAUUGUUCACUGUACAAUACAUUAUGUGUGUAUUUAUGGUUACACAGUAAAGGAGGUUUUGGGGUUUAGGAUGUGUCCACGUUGACAAACUGAGACAGCGAGGAGAAGUGGAGGGAUUUCAGAGUCAACACAGAUUCAGAGUUAAAUAUAAACUAUGAAAGUCCUCCACUCCAACCAGGAAUCAAAGCGGCAUGUGUACAGGAAACUCACAUCCUUUUAUAUAGACGAACGGACACAUGAAAAUCUAAACCCCUUCAAAUUCAGAGCUCAACACUCUGGAUUGGGAAAGUCUUCAGAGAAAAGUAAAUAUUUGAGAGACUCUGUGUGUGUGUGUGCGUGUGCGUGUGUGAGAGAAAGAGAGAGAGAACACUGAAUUAGCGCUUGAUAGAACACUAAGGCAUUAAGAGAGGCUUUGUCACUAUGUUGCCUUAGAAACAGAAAAACACUGACAUAUUAAACAUUCUUUUGAACACCUCUGUGAAUGCAGCUCCCUCAUGACAACAUAUUGAGAAAACCGGUCAGAAGAAAAUGGAUUGGAUCAUUUUUUAACUCCAUAACUACGUCUGAUAUAACACUUCUUCCGUUGGAAUUGGAACAACAAACAGCUACGCUACCACAACUGUCAUUCCCCGUCCCCUCAACCCAGUUUUAAAGACAUUCACUUUGAGGGUUAACACAAACAUACACAAACACAAACGCACAUAUGGUUCAGGCAGAAAUGCAACGAUAGCAGUCAGGUGGCUCUAAAGGUAGAUCUGUGGCCAGUUAAGUUGCUUUAUACUGAUGGUGUAGCUUUAUAGAUGGCCCUGUAAAGGUACUGUACAGCACCGUUAUAUGGUGGCAAUCAGUUAGCCCUGGUACGGUACAGCAGCUAAUAGCCACAGCCAAUUUGGAUGUCUACAUUAAGAUGCAAUAUCCUCCUAGUCAAUAUGGUGUAUAAAGCUACUGUAGACAGAUAGCCAAUAGACUGGCUCUAUAAAAAUCGUGUAGCUCCACAGCCAUUAGGGUGGCUGUUCUAUAAAGGUACUGCACAGUAGCUCUAUAGCCAAUGCUUUCCAAAACAGUGCACCAAGGCACUAUGACAACAGAGAGUGGCUCCUAAACAUGGGAGUUUAAUGACAUUUCACUUCAAAUGGAUCAGAAUGACAUGGAUUACACACCCUGACUGCAGUUCAGUCGUCACCAUAAGUAGUAGUGACCUCUGCUGUAUUUCUUUAUACGGGAAAUGUUAAGCCCCAAUCUCCCAGCAGCAAAUGGUCUGAAGUUAUACAGCAUCUGUCAAAGGUAAUACAAGCUAAGGUCUGCCAAAACCCACCCGCAUCUAAAAUGAGGUGCUUAUAGGCCAGUCGGAAUAGAUAUUUGUUUAUCUGCUGUGGUGGCAACAGUUUAUAAGCGCAUACAAAUACAGUCCUAGGAACAUUAGCGGACAGAGUGGAGCGGCUGUAUGAGGAUUGGCAGAGGGGUUAGCUGUCACUGGGGUCCUACAUCAUCCAUCUGUAGCAGAUGUCAGAAUGUCCAUUGAUCAGAAAGUAUAGUACUGUAUUA